AUGCAGACGACUUUUGCUAUUUCACUUAUUUGUGUUGUUCUUUCGAUCACUGCCUCUGGGCGCCCAGUACACGAUUGUGAACGCACCGCUGAUGAUAUCUUUUUCAUAUUGGAUUCGUCAGGCAGCAUUUAUGGCAAGGAUUUCAAACAAAUGCUCGUGAGUAUCAAUCAUUUCAUUGGCAACGUCACCACAGAUGGGCAUAUCUUGCGUACUCGAAUCGGCGCCAUAACAUUUAGUGACACUGCCCAUUUGGAGUUCGCUACUGACAAGUACACAGACGUCGGCGAUUUGCGCGAUGCUAUUUUGAGAAUCCCUCAUCGAUUCGGCCAGACGUACACAUCGAAAGCUUUAAAAUUACUCCAAGAACAAGUAACCUCUUUGCGUCGGCCUGAUACCGAAACGCCUGUUGUCGGUAUUGUGAUCACAGAUGGGGGGUCCACUGACCCAAAAGCAACAGCCGAGCAAGCAAAGGUUUUACACAAAAUGGGAGUUGCCAUGUACGCCAUUGGUAUCGGAAAACGUUACAAAAAAGAGGAAAUGAAAAAAAUUGCUACCAACCCGGACACAGGGGUAUAUGAAGCCGAUAACUAUCAAGCCUUGGACAUGAUCUUCAGUACCUUCUAUAAUAUAACUUGUCUACCACCACGCCCAAAUAUCACCGACACAGACAAUGGAGGAGAAACAGAGGGAGACACACCGAUUCGAGAUGAACCGUCUGGCGAUAAAACAUCGAAAAUUAUAUUUGGUUUCGACAUCGUAACUCUUUGCCAGCACCAAAUACGCGCCAUUCACGACUUCAUCUACGAAUUUAUCGCACGCUCUGGCUACACUUAUUUCAGUAUCGUCUCUGACGGAAAGUACACGGGACAUAUGAAUACACCCCUGAGUCUAACUCGUCAACCCCUCCAAAGAACGCCAGACUUCAUUACACCCAUUGUCAAUAUUGUGCUAUCUAUCUAUCUAUCUAUCUAUCUAUAUCUAUAUCUAUCUAUCUAUCUAUCUAUCUAUCUAUCUAUCUAUCUAUCUAUCUAUAUAUAUAUAUAUAUAUAUAUGUAA